AAAGAAGUGGUUGAAAAUAUGGAUUGUUCUGAUGAUGGUACUCCUUUAAAUAUUUCGAUACCUGUUGUGAUGGUUCCAAAAUCUGUGGGAGACGACCUUAAAAAAACUAUGGCGAACAAGUGUGUUGAACUCUUAAUAUAUGCACCAACUCGUUCCAUCGUGGAUGCCUCAGUGGUAUUUUUGUGGGCAAUGUCUGUUGGCACUCUUAUUACUGCUUCACUUUGGCAAGAGUUUGGAACUUCAGAGCAACCUGAUCAACACUGUGACGAAUCAUCACUGAAGGAACCAUCCAAUACUGGAACAGGGAGUGGUGGUGAUAAGGAAACCCUUGAUAUUACUGUAAAGGGUGCAAUAAUUUUUGUGAUAUUAGCAUCUGUUUUUCUGUUGCUACUCUUCUUUUUCAUGUGGCAUGGUUUCUCUGGGUGCUGAUUGUACUCUUCUGCAUCGGUGGU